UGACUAUCUCCCUAUGCUGGAGCAACUCAGUCGGCCAGACAAGAGAUAUUUCUGCCUAGGGCUCUCCCGUGUUGGCGUGCCCGCUGUUUAGAAGCAGGGUAUUUCGUGAAACAAACUGAAAGUAAACCACAACGUGGUGAAAACAGCGAGUAGAUUACUGGAUGAGCAGCCAAAUACGUUUACAAAGAACACCAGUGGAACGACAGUGUGAAGUUACCGGCAGCUCCGGGCAUUUGGCGACCUGCCCGGUGUCUCCACAGAUUGCUCUGCACUCGCAAAAAGAAGAGGGGGCAAGGCACAGAGGUACACCAUGGAAAUCUCAGUGUCAUUGAACAGCAACUUCUUCAUAGUAGCUUCCGUAUUAAAUUUGUUCAUGGUGUGUAGAGGAGCAUUGUAUGCCAUACCUGAAGCCAUAGUUAAUACCUCCACGGGACAAACAGUGAUGUUUCCCAUAGCGCAUCAAGGCAAAGAAGAGCAGUAUGACGUUACGUUUGGAUUAAGAUUUCCACGGAAUUUAAAGAUUUUAACAUGGCAAUCCAAUAAACCGGGGAAGCUGCAAAUUGUGCACCAACGAUAUGAACACAGAGCCAGAAUCAGACGUGAAUCAGUGGUGUUGGAUGAUUUGCAAGUUGAUGACAGUGGAGAGUAUCAAAUGCGAAUUGACUACUAUGGCUCAGAACUGAAAAAUCAUGAUCAAAGUACUUUCAUAAUUCAAGUAUUUGAUCCAGUUGCUCAACCUAUAGCUGAGACACUUAUACAUGAUCAGAAUGCAUCCAAUAUCACUCUGAAUUGCUCAGUCGCCAAUGAAAGCAGCGUUACGAUUUACUGGGAAAAGAUAUCCCAGUCUGGAGCAAUCAUUGAGACCUAUGCCAAGACAAUUAUUGUGAUAGACUGUUCUACUGAAGAAGAACAAUAUGAAUACAGGUGCAUAGCAAAAAACCCAGUCAGUAAUGCAUCUAGCAGUGAAUUAUCUUUCAACAAAUGUGUCGCCAGAAAUUGGAAUGGUAAAAGGAAUCCUCUGAUAAUUCUGAUUCCUAUGGGGAUAGUCGUGGGAAGUUUAUUGAUUUGCUUUUACAAAUGUGCGGGGUUUUUUAAGGUUCGAAGUGAUUGAUCUUAUCACAUGUACCAUGGAAUUUGAUGACCUUCUCCUAAGAUGACUGAAACCAGGAUCAAAAUUCCCAGCCCCUGCUGCGACAUGACAGACCCUACCUUUCAAUGGUGUCUCUUGGCUGGGUAAUCAUCUUGCUUUCACACUGGAUAACUAAAAAGGAAAUUUACUACAAUGUCAUAUUUUUUAAACGAAAAAAGGAUAAAUCGCUUUUUUAACAUGAUUUUUUUUAACAAAUAAAUUAUUCCGUGUUGGCAACUAUCAACAUUAUUUCAUAAUAAAUUAUCAAUCCACC